AUGGUAGCUCAAUCCCUACCCCCUGAACUAUCCCAUGUAGCCCAACUGGUUGAUUCUAGCCCAGAAUCACUUGCUAGAGGAGAUAUCGGGAUGCAUACUGCGGCAUUGGCAGCGGCUCAGUUGAUAUAUAAAAUAUCUCUGGAAACCGAGAAAUCAGCCGCUGUUCCUAUUUCCAAGCUGCUCUCCAGCCUAUCUCCGGAGGCGUCGGCACCGACGACGCGCGCUCAAAAACGAAAACGAGACGAAGCUCCCAAGGCUCCUCUACUCGCAUUUAGACCGACACCGAAAGCUGGCAGAUAUGUAGAUGGACUGGAGAUGAAUCCGAGCAAACUCUGGUCGAUGAUGGAGCAUCGAACUGCACCUCUAUGUGGUAUACUAGAUGCAGUCGUUGCGCCGGAGAAUAUCAUCGAAGAGGAGGAGGAGGAGGAAGAGGAGGAAGUAGAAGAGGAAAGUGAGGAAGAGGAGGGAGAAUUUGAAUUGGGCGAGGACGAGGACGAAGAUAUGUCUGGUCUGUCAGAUGAAGAUGAGGACGAGGAGGAAGAAGAAGAGGAUGAUGAUGAGUAUGAAAGUGAUGAUGGAGAAUCUCUGCUCGGGGACACGACCAUGGAACUCAGUCGUACAGAGGACCACUCAGACUCAGGUUCAGACGAUGGGGACAACGACGACGACGAAGCUCCAGAUGGCGACCAAAUAGACCAUGGUUAUCUCCAUAAUAUUGACCUCGACCGAGCACAGAAUCCUCAGAAAGUGGCUCAGCGACGAGCGCACCCGACUUUAGACGACACUUUUUUCUCCAUCGACGACUUCAAUCGAGAAACUGAAGCGCUCGAGGCUCAGAACCGCUCUUCUGGUGCUUUGAACGACGACGACGACGACGGCGAGGAAGAUGGGGAAGACGUGGAUCUAUUUAUGAAUGUACAGGAUAUUGAAGACACCCCUGAAGAGGCAAAUGAUCCUAAAUAUAAAGACUUUUUCGCCCCCGCUCCCAAGUCCAAACUCAAAUCCAAAAAGACCCCCGAGAAACCAAAGCGAAAGGUCAAGCUCCUCGUGGCGAGUCCACCCGGGCCCAAACGGUCUACCAAAGUCCGAUUCAACGAGGAGGUCAAGGUUCGGAACAUUAAAUCCAAGCGAACCAAGGCCAGUUUGUUGGCCGAGCUCAUGGAGGCAGGCGAGGAGGAUGAGGAAGAUGAAGGGGAGGAUGGAGAGGAUGAGGGUCCCUGGGCGAGUGAGAUGCUGGAUGAAAGUGUGGAGAUAGGCAGCGAAGAGGAUGACGAAGAAAUGGAUAGCGACGAGGACUCGGACGCUGAACCAAGCAAAAACGACCUUUUUGCUGACGAAGAGGAAAACGAAUCCGAAGCAGGUCUCUCGACUCAUCAGAAGCGUCUUGCUGCACUCUCUGCAGAAAUUCAGGCGCUAGAAGCUGAGAAUGUAGCGCCUAAACCAUGGACUAUGCAGGGUGAAGCUACAUCCCGGUCGCGGCCCCAAAAUGCGCUGCUAGAGGCGGAUUUGGAGUUUGAACAUGUUGGAAAGGUUGUUCCCAUCAUUACUGAGGAAAGUGUGAAGAGUUUAGAAGAGAGAAUCAAGGCCAGAAUCAUAGAGGGGCGAUACGAUGAUGUAGUCCGUAAACGUGACAUUGAAGCAAAACCUUUCCUCCCUUCACGAAUGUUUGAGCUCAAGGAUACCCAGUCCGAAAAGUCGCUCGCGCAAAUUUACGAGGACGAGUAUAAUGCAGCCGCAACUGGUUCGAAACCCAUCGACGACAGAGACGGUAAACUCGCAGAAAGCCAUAAGGAGAUUACAGAGCUGUGGGAUGGGAUAUGUUAUAAGCUUGACGCGUUGAGUAACGCACAUUUUACGCCAAAGCAGCCUCAAGCAAAGAUCGAAACGGUUACAAACAUGGCUUCCGCGUCACUCGAAUCUGCUUUACCUACUUCGCUCAGUACAUCAACACUUCUUGCUCCUGAAGAGGUGUACACUCCUUCUAGUUCAGAUAUCCGUGCGCGAUCGGAGCUUACUCCUUCAGAGAAGAAAGCAGCGAGAGGACGAGAGAGGAAAAAGAGGAGGAAGGAACGCGAUACUGUUUCCUCAGUUGUUGACGCGGCAGGUAAAGCAGGAGGACGACAACCGAGAAACGCAAAAGAAGCAAAAGAGCAGGCGCUGAAUGGCUUGGUCAAAAACGGCAAGGGAGUUACGGUCGUUGGCAAAGCGAGUAAAUCUGGCGACGCCAAAUCCAAGGCCAAGGGAGGAGAAAAGGAAGAACGAGAUGGGAAAAAGUUCAAGCUGUAG